AUGAGCAGUGUGACUCGUCUCGGCGAGGAAAUGAGCAAGAAGAUUUCGAUUUCGGACGGGAAGAGCCCGAAAAAGAACAGCUCGGCCGGAGUGCUCACCUCGUCGGCCAGCAAAUCGAAAGUCGGCGAUGUACAGGGUAACGCCUAUUCUAGACGGUAUAUCGCAGCUGGCAGUGGAGAUUUCAAAAAGUUGUCAACUGAUGAAAUGUUCAUUAAGAAAUUGUGUACAUUUUACCUGUUGACCAUGUUUUGAUAUCUCUAACCGCAACUGAGAUACAUCGAUUUGAACAUUUGUUUGUUACAUUUUUAAAACGGGGGUGAUUUCUUUAGGUUCUUUGUUUAGCAUCCAAGUGAAACAGUAACUUUUAAGAAAAAAUCUUCGCUACAGAAAAAUGGUUCAUAUCAGUUGAAUAGCCUAAAAACGAACUAUGACAGUAUAGUGAAACGGAAAAGUUUUCUACUGUUUCAUUAGCAGCCUACAAUUGAUUGAAGCAUUUGGAAAACUCGGUUUACGCUGCUAACUCUAGUUUUCGAAACGUUUCCAUCGUUUUUCAGUCAAAAAAGAGCCCCGAAUCUCGUCUCUCUCACUCUCAAAUUUUGACGGUUCAGAGUGAAUUCGCUCGAGCACACCGAAAAUCGUACUUUCACAGUUUCACGACUUUUACUCUACAUUCGUGUGCAGCUAGUAAAUCAAUUUGAGUUCCCGUUUACCGAUAAUUUGCAGCGGAAGACCCGCCGCGCAAGAAAAGUUCGCUGAAAGAGAACAUUGCGGCGGCGUUCCGCUCGCCCGCCCAACUCGUCCGUCGCGAGGCCACCAAGUGAGCCCCGCCGCUUUUUUUUGCCCCAAUUCUCCAAUCGCGUUCAGAGCCCGUUGGGAGCAAGUUCGUGAGCGUCUGAAGUUGUCUCGCGUCAAAAUUUCGAUCAAGGACCGCAAGAGGAAGGCCUCCAAAUCAAGUUAG